AUGGCUCAAGGAACACUUAAAGUUGUUCUUAUAAAUGCCAAAGGUCUUGAAAAUUCUGGUUAUCUCAAUAAGAUGGAUCCCUAUGUGAUCCUGAGUUACGGAGGCCGGACGCAAAGUAGCAAAAUUGCAUCAGGUAACCUAGAUCUUCAUAAACAAGUUAAUUAUCUUUAUUUCGAGUUAAAUUCUGGUGGUGCUGAUCUUACCUUAAAAAUUAUGGACAGUGAUUGUGGUACAGAAGAUGAUUGUGUUGGAGAAGCUACUAUACCACUAGAACCAGUCUUAGAAGAAGGAAGCGUUCCAACAGCAUCAUACAAUGUCGUCAAAGGUCAAGAAUUUCGUGGACAGAUCAAACUCAGCCUCUUCUUCACCCACAAGGCUCACGAUCACGGGGUGGCAGCACAAGAAGAAAGCUAUGGUGGAUGGGGAGAGUCUCAUUAG